CACUGCGUCAUCUUCAGUCGACAAACCUGUGGCUCGACAAAAAUGUAAACAAAACCUCUGAAUGACACACGAUCGAUACCGCUCAGCGGCAGUAUGUCUGCAGGGACUCUCCAUGGGCUCGUGUCCGCCGCCGCCGCUGUGCACCGGGACAGAGCCGCUGUGACAUACGACAGCGGCUCCGUGUCCGCGAGCCCGGUGACUCUGCGGUACACGGACCUGGUCGAACUGACCACGGAACUGUCUCAUGCUCUGCGGGAAAACUGUGCCGCCAGUAACGGCGUCAUCGGACUGUACUGUUUUGAUGAUCUGUUCAUACCUGUGUGGAUCCUGGGGAUCCUACAGUCUCCCGCCGCCUACGUCCCACUGGACCCAGAGGCUCCAGGACUUCUCUCUGCCAGAGUCAUGAACCGAUGUGGCCUCAGGUUCUGUGCUGUGAGCACGGCCCUCCUGCAGCGUUUCCAGACAGCUGUCCACAAACACAUGUCCGUGGAGGUGCAUGUGGUGUUGCCCAAGUUCAAACUUACCCUGGUACGGGUCACGCUGCUGCCAGUCGCUGAGCACAACCCGGUAACAGGACCAAAAGCCCAGAGGGCAGGUGCUGCUGAUCUCUGUGAUGCAGCUGUGGUGGACAAUGACUCUGGACACAAGGACUUGGCGUAUGUGCUGCACACAUCUGGAACGACUGGCUCUCCAAAGAUCGUGAGGGUACCACACAAGUGUAUCCUCCCCAAUAUUCUGCACCUGAGAUCGUUGUUUCAGAUGAGUGCAGAUGAUGUGGUUUUCCUGGCCUCGCCCUUAACCUUUGACCCCUCUGUGGUGGAUAUUUUCCUGGCCUUAUCAUCCGGAGCGCAGCUCCUCAUCAUCCCCUCCAUGGUCAAGAAAAUGCCCAAGCGACUGUCUCAGCUGCUGUUCGAAGAUCACAAGACGACUGUUCUACAGGUCACGCCCACUCUGCUCUGCCGCUUCGGACACCACACCCUAAAUAGGGAUGUGCUGUCGUCCGGCUCCUCGCUGCGGGUGCUGGCUCUGGGUGGAGAGGCCUGUCCCACGCCAGCUCAGCUGAGGAGCUGGAGGCACGAGGACAACGAAACCCACAUCUUCAAUAUCUAUGGCAUUACUGAGGUGUCCUGCUGGGCCUGCUGCUACAAAAUACCACAGUAUCUGCUGCAGUCUAGCAGUCUACCUUCCAGCACGGCGUCGUCCACAGUGCCUCUCGGGUCUCCUCUGAUGGACACGGUGGUGGAGGUCAGAGAUGAACAUGGCCGCGUUGUCACAGAGGGUGAAGGGCAGGUGUUCAUAGGUGGAGAGGACAGAGUGUGUCUGCUGGACGACGAGGAGGCCGUUGUCCCCGGGACAAUGAGAGCCACUGGAGACUGGGUGAGUGUCGAGGACAAGCAACUGUUCUACCUGGGACGGAGAGACAGGCUGAUAAAACGCCACGGGAAGCGGGUGAACCUGGACGCCCUGCAGCAGCUCAUAGUGAGUCUGCCCCAGGUUGAGGCCUGUGCCGUGGCUUUGCACAAAGGCGUCCGGCUGCUCGCCUUUGUGGUUGCGUCCGCAACUGGAGGCCAGAGAGCAGCUGCUCCUCUGCCCCGCUCGCAGCAGCAUGUGGAGAAAUCGGCCUCUGCUUCGGCUCAGCCUCGGGAAGACCCGGGUUCUCCUGCGAGCGGUGCGGACGGAGAUCUGAGCAGUCGGAUUGUGAACCAGCUGUCUGCGCUGGUGCCGUCUCACAGCGUUCCUGACACGCUGGUGCCGGUGGCGGCCUUGUGCCUGACUCCUCAUGGCAAAGUAGACAUGGAGGCACUCGUGAGAAUAUACCAAGGACAGAGGCGGUGUUUAGAGUCUCCAUGGGGAGAUGUCGGCAAACUAAAGGAAACUCUUCAGUCCAUGUGGAAGGAUACUUUAGGUUUUGCGGCAGAUGAGACCAUUGAUGAGGAAUCCAACUUCCUGUUGAGCGGGGGAGAUUCUCUGAAGGCGCUGCGCCUCUGCGACGACAUCCUCUCGGUCGUGGGAGUCCCCUCACCGGAACUUCUGGAGGUCAUACUCGACGGAACCUUCUCUGACGUCCUGCGCUACGUUGCCGGGGGAACCCCCGCGCCGCCGCUCGAGAGCAGCACAUCAUCAAUCCCCGAGGCCAAAAGACGUCAUGCGGAUGCUCCCUCCGUUGUCCCAGCGAAGAGAGAACGCGAAGGGUCUCAAUCUACAGCAGCGGAGACGCUGCAGGGGGAGAAACAGGCUUUUAAAGUGAUCAGACGAGCAGGAGAGGUGAUGGAGAUCAACGUCAGUAAGGAAGACGCAGGUUCGAACUUCCCGGCCGAUACAGUCGAAGAAAAAGAUUUGAGUAAGAAAAGGAGACCUGAUGUCCUGGGCCUCUGUCUGAGCUGGUCCUCAGACACAGGCAGGUGUGUGGACGCCUCCCCGGUGCUUCUGGUCCACGAAAGAACAGAUCAGAGGUCAGAUGUGGCCGAAGCGACCGCGUUCAUCGGCUCGCACUCUCACAGGAUCCAGGCGUUGGACCUGCACACCGGCAGCAUGCUGUGGGAACGAGUCCUCGGGGACAGAAUCGAGGCGUCAGCAGCCGUGUCCCACUGCGGGACUUUGGUGAUUAUAGGUUGCUACGACGGCGUUGUUUAUUUCUUGUGUGCUGCGUCCGGAAAGACCCGGUGGACGUUUGAGACGGGAGACGCCGUGAAGUGCUGCCCUGCCGUGGAUCCCCGCACAGGCCUGGUGAUGGUGGGCUCACACGAUGGACACGUCUACGCCCUGAACCCCGAGCUCCGGCAGUGCGUUUGGAAGCGUCACUGUGGAGGCGGGGCUGUGUUCUCCUCCCCCUACCUGCAGCCCAACCUCAGACAGCUGUAUGUGGCGUCGCUGGGGGGCCACCUCCUCUGUCUCCACCCGGACAGCGGGGACGUCCUGUGGUCCAACUGCAGAGACGUCCCGUUCUUCUCGUCGCCGAACGGCUCGUCUGGUCUGGUCGCCAUCGGCUCGGUGGAUGGAAACAUCUGCUCCUUUAGCAGCACAACGGGGAAACUGAUGUGGCAGUUUUUGACAAAGGGACCCGUCUUCUCUUCUCCGUGCGUCACACCGGACCAGCAGAGGCUUCUGUGUGGAUCACAUGACGGUCACCUGUACUGUCUGAACUGCGCCGACGGGUCUUUAGUUUGGACUUUCCGGGCGUCAGGCAAGGUGUACUCCAGUCCCUGCGUGUUUGACGGCUCCACUGUGGGCAGGCCGGGGGUCCUGGUGGGCCUGGCCUCUACGGACGGCACCGUCUGGAUCCUGGAUGGUGAAACUGGACAGACGCUGGCCUCACACACUCUGCCCGGGGAGCUGUUCUCCUCCCCAGUGGUGCACCAACAGUCUCUUGUUGUCGGGUGCCGCAAUGACUACGUGUAUUGUUUAAGGCUGACUGUCAAAGAGGAAGCAUAGACGGAUUGAAUGUAAUUUUGGUGCUGAUUUUUAUAAUAAACACAAGAAAAAUUCAGGUUUUAAGAUUCGGAA